CGCUUACACAGUUACACAGCGUUGUUUAAAAAGUGAACCACAAAGUAAACCAGAGAAGAAAGAUAUUGAAAGGAGUAUGAGUAGUUCAGAGGGUCCAUCAUCAUCACCGGACAGAAGAGAAAGAGAAAAAGUAAAAGAUGGGAGGCCAAGGCAGUUUGAUUCAAAGGCAAAGGCUCUCUGCUGGGCCAGUGCUGAUAUCGUACCUGGCCGCCAUCCUGAGCGGUGGCGGAAAGAUAUCGCCGGAAACAUUGUCUGCAAGCGAUUCUUCAACUGUUCUGGCUGCCUAUGCUAUGAAUAUGACCAUGUUAUUCCCUUCUCCAAAGGUGGUGAUUCUGUGGCUGAUAACUGCCAGAUACUUCAAACAAGAGUGAACCGAUUAAAAUCAGAUAAAGAUGAAAUUGACAAAACUAAGUUGAAAGAUUACUCUUGUGAUAUUGCUUUUACUGAUAGGGAGCUUGAUCUUUUUGAGAUGGCUGUUUAUGGUGAUGUCAUCCGGCCUGGAAAAGAAUGCCGCUGCAGAACUGUAGCUGAAAUGCUUGGAAAGUACAAGGCAAAAGACAGCAGACCUGCAUGCGAGUUGCCCAAGUCAUAACCCAUUCCAUUUCACGCUAUUUGAUAAAUACAAACUAUUUAUGCAAUGAAACUGAUUUCUCAGAGGUACAGCCCACCUUGAUUUCUAAAAUUAAGAUUGAUUAUUGACAUCAUUGGAAGGCGAUUUUUGGAUAACAAGAUGUAUCAUUGAGACUUCCGGUAAGAUCCAGAAUUUAUUUUCUUGUCGAUAUAUGUACAACAAGAAGACUGUUAGGUUGUUGCUGAACCAAAUCAUGAAGCUGAUCUCUUCUGGCUUUCCCCAAGCAUUGUUAAACUAGGCAGAACUGGUCAUCACUUGUUUGGCAUUCUUUCCGUCCAUUUAAAUCCCAGAGCUGGAUAUUUAGUCGAAGCGAAUCCCAGCAAAAUAUAUGGGAUCUUGUUCAUGAACUUCAAUAUCUUGUGCAAUAGCUACUACAAUAGUGGUUCUAGUGCGCUAUUUUCUCUGGUAUCAAUUCUUUUGGUGAGUUUCAGUAGCAAGGAUGUAAUUAAUAGCCCAAGCUUGAUUAGCCAAUUGAUUUUUUUGCUUUAUUCUUUGUACCAGAAUGAGUUAGAUUCUUUGGCAGAUUCUUUAGCCUUUCUAGUCGAUCUUUUCUUAUGAACAUGGAACUAAAAGAAUUAUAACUUGUGUGAGAAUUAAGACUCAGAACACCUAAUCAUCCAACUAACCUAUUAAUUAACAAUGAC